AUGGGGAACGAGCGCUGGAAAACCAUGGGAGGAGCCUCGCAACUUGAGGACGGGCAGCAGGAGAAAUCUCAGAGGAUGAGCUGCGGGUACAUCCUGUGCACUGUCCUGCUUUCGGUGGCCGUCCUCCUGGCAGUGACGGUCACGGGGGCCAUCCUCUUCAUGAACCACUACCACACGCCCGUCACCGAGUCGCCCCCCGUCAUCAGCACCAACCCCGAGGAAGCCAAUGCGCUGGUCACCAUCGAGAAAGCCGACAGCUCCCGCAUCAACAUCUUCAUCGACCCCAACUGCCCCGACGCGGCGGGCAGCUUCGGGCGCCUGGAGGGGCUGCAGACCUCCAUGCUGCGUGCCAUCACCGACCACGACGCCGAGGCCAAGGCCACCAAGAGCCAGCAGAAGGCCCUGCUGGUCACGGUGGCGGACGAGGUGGCCAAGCUACUGACGCACGCCGUGCAGCUGCGCGCCGACUGCGACGGCCUCAAGAAGGGGCACAGCGCCAUGGGGCAGGAGCUCAGUGCCCUGCAGGGCGAGCAGGGCAGGCUCAUCCAGCUGCUCUCGGAGAGCCAAACCAACAUGGCUCGGCUGGUGAGCUCUGUCAGCGACGUCCUGGACACGUUGCAGAAGGAGCGCGGUGGUGCCCGGCCCCGGCUCAAGGCUGACCUGCAGCGAGCGCCGGCCAGGGGAGCACGGCCCCGGGGCUGCUCCAACGGGUCCCGGCCCCGAGACUGCUUUGACAUCUAUGCGAGUGGACAACAAGAGGAUGGGAUUUACUCCAUCUUCCCUACACAUUACCCCUCCGGCUUCCAGGUCUACUGUGACAUGACGACUGACGGGGGCGGCUGGACGGUGUUUCAGCGGCGCGAGGACGGCUCCGUGAACUUUUUCCGUGGCUGGGAAGCCUACCGGGAUGGCUUCGGAAAGCUGACGGGAGAGCACUGGUUGGGGCUGAAGCGGAUCCACGUGCUGACGGUGCAGGGAAGCUACGAGCUCCGCAUUGACCUGGAGGACUUUGACAAUGGCACCGCCUUCGCCCACUACGGCAGCUUCGGCGUGGGGCUCUUCUCCGUUGACCCCGAGGAGGAUGGCUACCCCGUCUCCAUCGCCGACUACUCGGGGACGGCAGGAGACUCGUUCCUGAAGCACAACGGGAUGAAGUUCACCACCAAGGACCUGGACAACGACCACUCAGAGAACAACUGUGCGGCUUUCUACCAUGGCGCCUGGUGGUACCGCAACUGCCACACCUCCAACCUCAACGGGCAGUACCUCAAGGGCCACCACAGCUCCUACGCCGACGGCAUUGAGUGGUCCUCCUGGACCGGCUGGCAGUACUCCCUCAAGUUCACCGAGAUGAAGAUCCGGCCCAUCCGGGAGGAGAAUUAG